UCCCCUACUUGUACAUAUCGAAGUCUCUACCCUGUGAACUUCCUACAUAUGACCUGUGAUAUCUUCAUGAUAUGUCAGUUUUUGACCUUGUCAUAUUCACAAGCUGUAUGAGACUGGACCUUAUCAAGGCUUGCUUAAGAGAAGUCUGUGUUGCUGCGAGUAGCCCAGCACGCAGCGUGACACCUUGACUUGAGUUCUGUGCCACAGAGGGCAUGUCAGCAAGUGGAAGCUCCAUCUUUCACAUCAGAUCUCACAUUGAAGAUCUGAACAGGAGAGGGCUUGAACUGGUAUGUUACAAUCAUUGAGUGAGGGUUUAUCAACCUUUAUGAUCUCACUGAUCAACUGUGACUAUUAAGAGACUGAGGACAGUUCUUUGCAAGAACUGGAACAACAGGUUUCCUACCAAGAUAACAGUAGAGGUACCUCAGCCUUGAAGGGAUCCUUUUCAUUUAGAAUCCGUGUCUUCUCUUAAGUAAUUGAUCACCGUGCACCCGGGGACACCCAAUUCACAGCCGAGUGGGAUCAGCCUUCAUGAAUAAUCAAAACGCCGUGGCCAUGCUGCUGCAGGAGUGCAAGCAAGCUCUGGACGCGCUCCUGUCAGCAAAGGCUGACACGGGCGAGGAAGACAAGCGAGAAUACCAGCGGUGCCAAGCUUUGCUUCCCGAGGACUUGAGAACCCUUCUGGAGGAGGCAAAGGAAAUGAAGUGGCCCUUUGUACCGGAGAAGUGGCAAUACAAACAAGACCUUGGCCCAGAAGACAAAACAAACCUGCAAGAUAUGAUCAGUGCGAGGCUCCCGGAUUUGCUGGUUUAUUUGAAAGCCUCGAUCAUGGUCAAGGACUGUGUAACGGCAACUGCUAUUGUGUUCCUGAUUGACCGGUUCCUGUAUUGGAUUGAUGCCUCCAGCAAACUUCUUCGGAUUGCCAAGGGUCUGCACAGGUUGCAGCCCACCACGCCAAUCGGUCCUCAGGUGCUCAUCCGCCAGGCUCGCCUCUCCGUCAACACAGGGAAACUUUUAAAAGCUGAAUAUAUCCUAAGCAGCCUUAUUAGUGACAAUGGAGCAACAGGUACCUGGCGAUAUGCUAAGGAAAGCGAUAGGAUUCUCGUUCAGUCAGUCUGCUUACAAAUCAGAGGACAGAUUCUGCAAAAGCUUGGGAUGUGGUAUGAGGCAGCAGAGUUGAUUUGGGCUUCAAUUGUGGGAUAUUUCAAACUUCCUCAACCAGAUAAAAAGGGAAUUGCUACUUCCUUGGGUAUUAUGGCAGACAUCUUUGCUUCCAUGAACGAGAAGGAUUACAUACGUUUUAAAACCAAUGCUGAGAUUGACCUGAACCUUCUCCGAGAGUUCAGUCAUCGCUUAUUAUCAGCUGCUGAGGCCUGCAAACUAGCGGCAGCCUACAGCCAGUACACCCCGUUGUUUGUCCUCACAGCCGUGAACAUCCGUGGGGUGUGUUUGCUGUCCUAUAGUCACUCCAAGGAUUGUCCCCCAGAAAAGAGAAAGUUCUACUUGUCUGAAGCCAAAGAAUCCUUUGAGAUCGGCCUCCUCACCAAGAACGAUAAGAGUCCCGUCACCAGCAAGCAGGAGCUCCACAGUUUUAUUAAAGCUGCUUUCUGCCUCACAACUGUGCAUCGAUGGCUCUAUGGGGAGAGUGAGCAACUCCAUGAGGUGAGUCAACUAUGUAGAGAAGCCAUGGGAAAACUGCAUUCAUACAGCACUUCAUUUACAGAAGAGGAGGAGAAAGGAGUGCUUGCCAAAGAGAUCAUGUUUCUGAUCACAUCUGUGAAGAAGCGCCUGCAAGUGGAAAGCUUCCCUAAUUCUGAUGCCAGGUCUUAUGUUCCAGACAGUUAUAAAGGCAUAGUAGAAAAACCUAUCCUGCAAGGGGAAGCCAACUUUGAGAAAAUCCUUGCCAUGCAUUCUCAGCAUCACCUGUCAGUGUGUGAAGUGUUUGAAAAUACUUGCAGGAUUCAUAAAACCACACCAGGAGAAACCCAAGUGGGAGCUUGUAUCACAACCUUAAGAACAGAAACCAAAAACAUAGACACUGUGUGUACUACUGAAGAAAUAGCGUACCAGAGGAAAGGCGCUGCGAAAAUGCUGACUUCACCAAAAGCAGGGAGUAGCUCAGAGAGACUCAGUGGCCAGAGAAAUAAAUACAUUGGCUCUGAUGUGAUGAAAAUUUCCUUCAAUGAAGAAAUGGAGCCAUUAGAAACAGAAACAAAUGAUGAAAGCGGAGUUUUUGGCAGAUGGCAAAACAGGAGUCAGACCACUACUUCAGACAGCUCUUGGUGCAAGCUGUCAAAAUCAAGUUACUCAUCCAGCUGGGAGGAACUAAACUGUAAUAGCAGCAAAGGGUGUCCCAGGGAAGAGCAGCAGCAGGAAAAGGGCUCAGUGGAGGAGCAAUGUUGCACAACAGAAUCUGAUGAAAAUGGUCAAGCUGCAUACUUGCGCUCAUUGCCUCCCAGAGCCUGGCAUCCUUCUCCUCGAGAGCCUCGACGUAGCUGUUGGAGAUCUCCUCAGCCUUCCUUAGAGGCGGAUACACCUGUAGCUGGGAGGCUGGUAGAGAAGGUGUCUCUUUGCAGAGAAGAGCUGCAGGAGGGAAGACACUGUGGAAAGAGCUCUUCUGAAAAGAAAGCAGCGGGGGCGAAAAACGCGGUUCUUUCCUUCUCCACCCCUUACUCUGUUCCUACCAGGCUGGAGGAGGAGGAGGAGAAGUCUUCCUCCCGGGCGGAGUGGGGCUGCAGGACCAAGGACAGUGGCAGGGAGGGCAGCGGUGGCCCCCCGGCAUCCUGGCGCCGGAGCCAGGUUGCGUGGGUCCGGCCAGGAGGAGAAACUGCAGAUAGCACAGAGGAUCCCUCCUUUGAGGCACGUCCCCCCACAAAUGGGGCUGCUUCUGUACUAUCAACGAGCAUCGAGCCGAAAAUGGCCAGCGACUCCUCUGCGCGUGACCGGCUGGGGAAAUCUGCUGUGGUGGGAAAUGGAUCUCUCAAAGUGCCUGAAGUUGACGCCCAAGCAGAAACAAUAGAUGACACUGAAUUUGAUCUCAUCAGUAUUGGAGACUUGGUAAACAAUAAUCCUAUGGCGUCUGUUCCAAAGCAUCAGUCGACUCCCGGUGCACCAACAGCUUUGCCCCUGGGUGGAAAGAUACCCACAACCAAGCACUUUGACUGUGCCACUACUGAAGAAGAUGAAGAAAAGUCUCAGGACAUGGUGAGCAGCAAGAGACAAUCCAGUUCAUCUCUGAGUUCAUGGUACAAAUCAACACAGAUGCCCAAGAGUUCCCCUGAAGGUCCAUUUCUGAACCCAAGGGGAAGUGGUUUUGUCUUCAUGCCUGGGAGAACGAAAGAAGAAAUCCUUGACGCUCGAUUUCUGAGGGACGAUGAUUACGUGCAGCUUCUGGCAGGGGUAGAACAUAAUUGGCUUGUCCAGAGACUGAUGCCUACUGGAAUUUUUAAGUCUAAACAGCUUCGUAACGCAUACUCUGCUCUUCUAUUAAAAUACUCAAAGAAAUCAGGCCUCUGGACAGGCCAAGAAACGGCUGUAUUCAUUGGGGACUACCUGGACGUGGCAAAGGAAGGCAAACAGAGAAAUGCAUUUUGGAUACACUUCCUGCACCAAGAAGAAAGCCUGGGAAGGUAUGUUGGGAAAGAAUAUAAAGAAGAAAAAGGACUUCUUCAUCAUUUCAGUGAUGUGGAACGGCAAAUGACUGCCCAGUACUACGUGACGGAAUUCAACAAAAGGCUGUAUGAGCAAAAGCUCCCUACCCAAAUCUUUUACAUCCCAUCUGCAGUACUCCUGAUACUGGAAGACAGAACUAUAAAAGGAUGUGUGAGUGUGGAGCCCUACAUCCUUGGGGAGUUUGUGAAGCUGUCCAAUAACACGAAGGUAGUGAAGAAUGAGUACAAAGCCACAGAGUACGGUCUGGCCUACGGCCAUUUCUCCUAUGAGUUCUCCAGUGGAACAGACGUUGUUGUUGAUCUGCAAGGUUGGGUGACAGGUAACGGGAAAGGCCUCAUCUACCUCACAGACCCCCAGAUUCAUUCUCUUAAUAGCAAAGAUGUUUCACACUCCAACUUCGGUAAGAAAGGAAUUUAUUACUUCUUUAAUAAUCAACAUGUGGAGUGCAAUGAUAUCUGUCGCUGCCUUUCUUUAACAAGACCCUCAGUAGAGCUGCCUAUGUAGACUUGCACAAGACAAUCACACAAAGAAUGACCCAUAAGCUGGAUAGUAACUUUACACUACACGCCUUUAGGAGCAUAUUGUCUUUGUGAGAGCCGCUGAACUGCUGAAACAAUACCCACGUGAGUCGGGUCAGUCAUUACCUGCACGAGUUUGGCAAGUUCUGGUCUUUGCAUCCAGGCUGGUAGUACCAUGUUACCAUCUUGUGUACCGUCUGAACCUCAUCCUGUUACAACCAUCUGUAAGAAUUGACAGCACAACAUGAGAAGAGUAAGAAAACAGCCUCCCAUAUUCAGCUAGAGGUGUACUACAAGACUGUAUAAACUUCUAAUGCAUUCAGACCCAAUAAGGGCAAUGGGUACCAUCUGCUCUUUGGAAAUGAAAUGUGAAAUAGAGUGAGACAGAAGCAGAGAGUUGUAUUUCAGCCAUCUGUAAAAUUUUCAAAAACUUGUAUAAAUGCUUCAGGGAACAAAUGGUAAUGUUUUGGUUUGCUUAAAAAGUAACAAAGUUUUUUUCAGAGGUGUAUACGUGCAUACGCGACCACACAACAUCUAAACAGAUGGAAAUAUGGUUUUGCCUGUAACAGCCAAGAAAGCUCUGCAAGGAAAAAAUAGUGUUCUUGAACCAAGAUUUGCUUUACAUGAAUAAUUGAGGACUGCUACACUUAACAAACUCUCAGAAGACUUUCCCAUGAGAAGAAUAGUUCUCACUUAAGGACGGCACAUCUCUUCUGCCUGUAAUGAAACUGUGAGCACCGCAGAUUUGGUGACCAAUUCCGUAACUAAUUCCCACAGAUAAUCUCACUGCACGUGAGCGUAGCCGCUUGUACAAAGGAGCGGUUCUGGGGGGAGUCCAGCAUCUGAUAAGCACAGAGUAAGCAGCCUCAGUGCCAGUUUUGGUUCCAACUAGGCAGGCAAAGCACACCCUCCCUUUCAGCCUCUGUCACCAGCCUCACAGACCUGUGAGGUGGAAGGUGUUUGGGAAUGAGAGGCGCCUUCCUCAGCCGAGUCCCCGACAGAAGCAGACAGAAGGAGGCUUGCAGUUUGCUGCCAGCAGCAAGGAUGAUGCGUCCGAUGGGUUGUGCCUCGGUGCUGGUGGAGCUACAGCCUGCAGAGCUGCCAACCUGCUGCUUUUCUGGCACAUCCCAGAAAAUACAUUUAUGAAAGUAAAACAGACGUCCGAUAAUACUUAAGUGAUAUAUUAACACCUUGCCUCUACCAACAGCCCACACCCAGACCCUGCUCCUCCCACCCCACUCCACUCGUACAGACAAAGACUAAACUUGUACCUACACGAUGGGGGGGUUUCUUGACAACUCCGCCUGUGCUAGGAACACGCUUUACUAUCACACGUGCUAACAGCUGCAACUUAGGUCUUUAACUCCAACGUUUCAGCAGUAUUUUUGUUAUUGUUUGUGGUUGUUAUUGAGCAUAUUCAGAGAGCCUCUGAUUUUUAACACCAGGACUGAACAGCCCGUGGCAUGUACGCUGGCCACAUGCUUCAGUAGCGCCUGCCUGGGUUAGAGGCAGCUGCAGCCUUUUACUUUUUAUGAAACAAUCUUUUGUGGGGUUUUUGUUGUUGUUGUUUGGGUUUUUUUAAACUAAAGCUUGCAAUUAAUUCAUGUGACCUCCUUGGACACCUACAGCAAUUCACAUACUGAUAAGCGCUCACACACCUCCAAGAGACCCAACUGCUAGAGUUAUUCUGUCACAGCAAAUUUCAGAAGCACGUGGAGGAAAGCAGUGCCCUCCCAACUUCAUGAAUUCUAGCUGGACAGCUGAAAUCUUUUUUUCUUUUUCCCCUGCACAGGCUGGUUAGCUGAAAAGAGUCAAACCUGCUGGCAUGAUCAGAUAAUGUAUACAUGCGCUGUAAAGAAAACAGCCGUAAAAAACAGGGGAUGGAAGCUCCUCACACAAAACGCU